AAAAAUAUUUGUAUUCGGAGUAUUAUAUUGGAGAUUUAUGGUAAUAGUGUGGGUCAAAAAAAGUAAAACAUGUUUCUGAUUGUGCUGACAAGUAAAAAAUCAUAAUGUGGCGUCAACCAUUAACUCCUUAAGGCAAACUACGAUACCAUUAUGCAUAUUUGAAAGAACAUGAGAAUAUUUCAUCAGUAUGACGAGAUUGCAGAAUGAACAAUUAUUUCAAAUGUUCCUUUUCUGUAUGCUAUGGAUAUGCUAUGUGAAUAUGCUCUUUCAAAUGAAACAUCUAACGAAACAUAAACAUCUUAAAAAUUUGUCGAUUCUUAACGUUGAAAAACUUGUUUUCGAUACAAAUCACAGAAAAAUAUUGAAUAAAAAACCAGUAAAUAAUUUCAAAGAUAAAGACAUAUUCUUGAUAAAUCCUUCAGAGUUACUGUGCGAAAAUUUUAAUUGUGAUUCUCUGCAAGUACUAUUUAUUGUGAAAUCCUACGUUUUGAACUUUGGCCAGCGCGAAGCUAUCCGUAGGACAUGGGGAGGCAUGACUAAACUGCGAUCUAAAACUGUUUUUAUCAUCGGAUAUCUAGACGGCAUUGACUAUUUUGUGGAAUUUGAAUCAGAAAAGUACAAAGAUAUUGUUCAGUUAAAUAUGAGUGAUCAGUAUCAAAAUGUUGUUUAUAAAACAAUUUAUGCUUUGAUAUGGCUAUCGAGAAUACAUAUAACAUCUACAUUCAUUCAUUUUGUUGAUGACGAUCGAUUUCUGGAUCCACUGAAUAUUUACGAUAUUGCAACACGAACCAUUAACUCCGCAGACUUGAUAGUGGUUGGAUAUUUGCUUAAUCGGUCAGAAACAGUUAGAGAUAAAAGUUCAAAGACUUAUGUUUCACAAGACGACUAUCCAUUUGAAGGAUAUCCGCCAUAUAUAAUUGGAGGAACUAUCUUGACAAAUGAAAAAACCGUUCGAACUUUAGCAGUUGCAGUAGAGUAUACAAAGGUUAUUCAAAUAGAAGAUGCAUAUAUUGGAAUGGUAGCACACUCAGUAAAUAUAAGUCUGAAACAUCAUGCGGCUUUUUUUGCCUAUAAAAAAAAUCUGACGAGUUUUAUUCGAAAUGGAGUAUCCUCGCCUGGUUAUGAAAACACGAACAUUUUGAUGAGGGACUGGAGUUUAUUAAAAGCAAAGCGUCAUAGUAUACAGUUGAAAACAAAAUAUUAGAGAUAAAAAAUAUAGACAUGUUGUCAUCUAGCUUCAGUUCUUAAUUAGAUUCAGUUCGGCAGCCUUUUGGAUAUGACUGGUGACGAAUAUGCCUUUGUCCCUGUUAUUCCAAAUAUUAAAUUUAAAGAUAAUACUAUAUGCAGAAGACAUCUUGAAUUUUACCCAAAAAAAAACUGCCUUUUGUGAUUUAUUUUUGGGUAAAAAAAAAAAAGGGACGUUGUCCGUUUUUUUAACGAAAUAUGAAUCCCGAAAGGCAGGUUUUUUGGGGUAAAAUUAAAGAUCUCUCCGUCGAAUUCAAGGAUUUUUUAAAACCAAUAAUCUAAAUUAAUUUGCCAAAACGGGGGAUGCAGUGAACGCUUUAGCAGAAAACAAAAGCCAUAAAACAGACUAAAGAUCUCUUAAAUUAAGCUUUACGUUCCUUUUUUAACAUCUAAACAUAGUUUGCUUAAUAUGAUUCGCCCACAGGAGAAUGUUUGAA